AUGAAUGAUGAUAAUUCAGAUGAUAAAACAGAAGAUGAAUCGCAUUCCUUAUUUUUCAGUGAUAAAAAUGGAAAUAGGUAUGCAUACAACCAAAAAUCGCCAUCUACCCGAAACUCUUCAACCAGUCAUGUGAAUUGGAGUUCUCCCAACCUAGAGGACAUGGUGGUCGAUUAUGAAAUGGACCCUUCUGUGGACAACGAUGAAAGUAUUUUUUCAAACUACCAAUGUGUUGAAGUACUCGAUCACCAAAAGUCAAGUGAUUUCAUUAGUAAGCGGGUAUUGGAAACACAUGAAGAUCCCACAUGUCUGUCUUCUGCACUUAUAAAUACAGAGAAGCCCAAAUACCAGCACAGCGAUUGUCAUUCCUUAGAAGCAGAUCAGGACCAGAGUAUUGAGCCAUCUCUGCCUUUCAUGUGGAAAUCUAAUGAUGAUUUGAAUUGUUCAGACUAUGCUACUGCCUUGGAGUUAAACAAAACCUUUGACACACAAGUGAAUAAAGUUAACUGCACUUUUAUCACACAUCAUGUCAGUGAAAAGAGUCGGUCUUUGCACACCUCUGGAAGACCUCAACCAACCUGUUUGAGAAGUGGAAAUACAUCUUCUGUAUCCUGUUCCACUUGGACAUCGUCCCAUUUUGACAAAAUGCAUAUGAGAGAAAUUAAUUAUAAUAAAGAGAUCUUUGAAAACCCUCAAGCCACAUCAUCAGAGGCCUCAAAUACAGCAUUUUCUGACAUGGUAAUGCAAACAGAUGUUGUUCCAGAUAUUGGAAAUCAGUGUCAGUAUUCUUUAGGAAAGGUCACCAGUGAGUACACAGAUGGGUCACAGCAAAGACUAGUUGGAGAAAAAGAGAUACAAGCACUAACACCAGUUUCCGAUGGCAUAGAAGUCCCCAAUGGGUCUAUAUUACAAGAGUUCUAUUGUUUCUCUAAAGAUGAACCAAAUAGUAAGACACAUUCACAAAGCUCACAUGGUGAAAAGGAAAUGGGCCAAAAUCUAAGAGAAACAGUGUCCGAUUGUGUUAUUGAUGAUGAAUGCCCUUUACUGGUGCCAGCUUUUGAUAAAAAUAAAGCCCAAGUGCUGAACUCGGAGCACAACUUCACUGUGACCGAUGAUCGACAAAUUGCUUCCAAUGAUAAGGAUUUGGGAACCCAAAAUAAUGGUGUAGAACUGAUAUUAAGUAGCUCACCAGGACAAAAGAUGGUUUCAUCAUUGGAACUGACUUGGGAUGCAAGUGAUAUGAUCAUUAGCACAAAUAACACAGUUUGCAUGUCAACGCCCAUCCUAGAACGCACAAAUGCAAGCUUUACUAUUUCGCCUGUUGAAGCAACAGAGGAAUAUAAUAAAAUGGAGAAGAGUCAUCGAGACCUUAAAAAUUUGCCAAAAUCCAAGGGGACACCUAUGAACAUGUCUAAGCCUAGCCUAGGAAAAUUAGCCACCAAAACGAAUAUCUCUGUAGGUAGCAAGGUUAGAAAAACUGAAAUUAUAAGUUACCCAAGACCAAAUUUCAAGAAUGUCAAAGCAAAAGUUAUGUCUAGACCUGUGUUGCAGUCCAAAGAUCCUGCGGUACCAAAGGUCACACCCAAAUCUCAGUUGAAUAGUGUCUCAUCCCCCUCAACAGUGUCUUCCACAAGGCAGUUGACAGUUUUGAGCAAAACACCAAGAUCUGACUUGAACUCAGACACAAAAGCAGAAAUCCUAAUUAACAAGACACACAAGCAGCAGUUUAAUAAACUCAUUACUGGCCAGGCUGUACAUGUUACAACUCAUUCUAAAAAUGCUUCACACAGGGUUCCAAGAACAACAUCUGCCAUGAAAUCCAAUCAGGAAGAUGUUGACAAAGCAAGUUCUUGUAAUGCAGCAUGUGAGACCCGGUCUGUAGCUGUGCUUUUUGAGAAGAUGAAAGGCAUACUCCCUGUCGAAAUGGAAAGUGCUGAAUGUUUGACAUAUGUCUCCAACAUCAAUGGGAUUAGCCCUGAAAAGAAGGGUGAAAAAGAAAAUAGGACACCUAUGGAAAAACAAGAGCUAAAAAAGGAAGUUAUGAAUCAGACUUUUGAAUACGGUUCCCUGUUUUUGGGUUCUUCUUCAAAACCUACCACCACCUCAGGGAGGAACAUAUCCAAACCUGACUCUUGCAGUUUGAGAAAAACACCCACUCCAAAAGGCAAAGUGGGGCCUGCUGUUUCCUGUUUGAGGCGGAACAGUGACAGUCGGAGCCUCAGUUCUGAUCGAACCUUAUCUCCUCAGAGGAUCAGGCGUGUGUCCACCUCUGGAAAACCUACAUGCUUGAAAUCUGCACAGCCAUCUUGGGUGAACUUGCCUAGGCCACUUCCCAAAUCCAAGGCAUCUGUGAAAAGUUCUGUGCUGCGGAGGACAGGAAGCAGCCGGUCCAUUGCCAGCACCCACAGUGAUCUGAGCACCUACAGCACUAAUUCUGGUAAUGCUGCUGCCAUCAAGUAUGAGGAGAAACCUCCAAAACCAGCAUUUCAGAAUGGCUCAGGAUCCUUAUAUUUGAAGCCUUUGGUACCCAGAGCUCAUGUGCACUUGCUAAAAACUCCUCCAAAAGGUCCUUCAAGAAAAAACCUAUUUACAGCUUUCAAUACAGUUGAAAAGGGCAGACAAAAGAAUCCCCGAAGUUCAUGCAUCCAGACACAGACAUCUCCAGAUGUACUGUCCUCGGAAAAAACACUGGAAUUGGCUCGAUAUAAAACAAAAUGUGAAAAUCAGAGUGGAUUUAUCCUGCAGCUCAAGCAGCUUCUUUCCUGUGGUAACGUCAAGUUUGAAGCCUUGACGGUUGUGAUCCAGCACCUCCUGUCCGAGCGGGAGGAAGUACUGAAACAACACAAAACCCUAUCUCAAGAACUUGUGAACCUCAGGGGAGAGCUAGUUGCUGCUUCGACAACCUGUGAGAAAUUAGAAAAAGCGAGGAAUGAGUUACAAACAGCCUAUGAAGGAUUUGUCCAGAAGCUUAACCAGCAGCACCAGACAGACCAAGCAGAACUGGAGAAUCGGCUGAAGGAGUUUUACACUGGAGAGUGUGAAAAGCUCCAGAACAUUUACAUUGAAGAAGCAGAGAAGUAUAAAAUCCAGCUGCAAGAGCAGUUCGACAACUUAAAUGCCGCCCAUGAAACCGCUAAGCUGGAAAUUGAAGCUAACCACUCGGAGAAAGUGGAAUUGCUAAAGAAGGCCUAUGAAAACUCCCUUUCAGAAAUCAAGAAGAGCCAUGAAAUGGAAAAGAAAAUGCUUGAGGAUUUACUUUAUGAGAAGCAGGAAUCACUAGAGAAACAAAUCAAUGAUCUGAAGAGUGAAAACGAUGCUUUAAAUGAAAAGCUGAAAUCAGAAGAGCAAAAAAGAAUAUCCAGGGAGAAGGCAAAUUUGAAGAACCCUCAGAUCAUGUAUCUGGAGCAAGAACUAGAAAGCCUGAAAGCUGUGUUGGAGAUCAAGAACGAGAAACUGCAUCAACAGGACAUCAAGUUAAUGAAAAUGGAGAAACUGGUGGACAACAACACAGCCUUGGUUGACAAAUUAAAGCGAUUCCAGCAGGAGAAUGAGGAAUUAAAAGCUCGGAUGGACAAGCACAUGGCAAUUUCAAGGCAACUCUCCACUGAGCAGGCAGUGCUGCAGGAGUCGCUGGAGAAGGAGUCGAAAGUCAACAAGCGCCUCUCCAUGGAGAAUGAGGAGCUGCUGUGGAAGCUGCACAACGGGGACUUGUGUAGCCCCAAGAGAUCCCCCACGUCUUCAGCUAUCCCUUUUCAGUCACCAAGGAAUUCUGGCUCCUUCCCCAGCCCCAGCGUUUCACCCAGAUGACGCUUUCUGAAAGCCAACAGACUCUCUGAAGGCACCUGGGCGCAGGUUUGCAGGACCGACCCCAAUAGUGAUUGUGGGAGCAAAAGCUACAUUAGCUUAUGUGGAAUUACUGCAGAAUAACUGGAAAGCACCUGCCACCAGAGUUGGCUAGUUAUGAGACGGGGACUCUGGAGGAACACUUUGGACUCGUUGCAGAAGACUCCUCCAAAAAAGGAUUGCGGGAUCGACGUGGACAUUGUUGCACAGAGCACUUAAGGAACGAGAGAAUCUUGUUCAUUGCCUUUUUCACUUAAGCAUAAGGGGAAAAACUCUCAGGGGCCUAUUAAGAUAAAGAUUUAUAACCUUUAUAAUGUUCUUCACCACAGACACCUUCUUGUGAUUUUUUUAUUUCGGUCUGACUGUGGGUAGGGGGUGUGAAUGAAA